GGCUGUGUUAUAGACAAUUCUAUAAUUUUUUUAUUAGAAAUGGUUAAGAAACAAUAUGGGAGAUAUCAACAGAACGGCAGUGCCGAACCUUUGCCAGAAAGAGGACCAGUGGAAUCGCUGAUUUACUGGCGUUGUCCGCGUAAGUCUGGCAUCGUAUUCGGCGUGUCCCUCGCCCUGCUGCUGGCGUUAUCAUGCUUCUCCCUAAUCAGCGUGUUGGCGUACGCUUCCCUCACAGCCGUCUGCGGCUGCAUGGCCUUCCGUAUCUAUCGCAACGUAUUGCAAGCUGUUCAGAAGACGUCUGAUGGCCAUCCUUUCAAGGAGCUGUUGGAAACAGAUGUCAGUGUGUCCCAAGAAAAAGCCCAACAGGUUGCCACAGUUGCCGUCACCCACCUGAACGCUGCAGUAUCUGAGCUUCGUCGUCUCUUCCUGGUUGAAGAUUUGGUCGACUCAACUAAAUUCAUUGUUCUUCUUUGGUGCCUCACAUAUUUGGGUGCUUGGUUCAACGGAAUGACUUUAAUCAUUAUUGCAUUUGUUGCGCUCUUCACUCUGCCCAAAGUUUAUGAAACUAACAAAACACAAAUCGAUGCCAAUCUCGAUGUCGUUCGAAGCAAGUUACAAGAAAUUACUUCCAAGGUAAAAGCAGCUGUACCAAUUGGAAAGAAAGCUGAAAGUGAUAAAGAUAAAUAAGCACAAAAAAUUAUAUUUAUAUAAUAAUGUGGAUAUUUAAUUGUAUAGCGAUAUACAUAACUCUUCAAACAUAACCACACCCUUUUUAACAAUAAUUAAAUCAACUAAAUAUGAAAUAUAUAUUAUAUAUGUUCGAUUGUUUGGACAUAUCGAAAGCUAUAUGUGAAUAUUGCAAAUCGAAUUGAUUUGUAGUAUAUAUGGAAUCAAUUUUUUUUCAUGAUGAACCAAUUACGAUAGAUUUAUAGAAAGCCUUUUUAUUUUAAAUAUUUACAUUUGACACUAAAAAUAGGUAUCUUAUAAAAAAAUUUCAUUUAAUACAUAUAAUAUGUACUCAUAUAUAAUAUUUAUUAUACAUUCUUUUAAGAAAUAUGUUAAAG